AUGCGCGAACCCGAUGACAAGGAGCCGCCACCGCCCCCAAUCAACAAGGACAAUACGAAUGAUACAAAUACAACGAGCGAAGCAGACGGCACAUAUGCGAAGCAGAAUACUCCAAUGGCGGCGGUAGCAGCAGUGCAGGAAUUCGACGACUUCGGCUUGCCAAUUAGGGAAUACGUCAGUCCAACUCCGGACGCGGCCAACCACAAGGGCUCUACAAACACGACGGGCAUAGCAGGUCAAACGAAGGAAGCAGAUGAUGACUCGAAGACUUUGGCUGAAGCCCCGUCGGAGAAAGUCGCCGCCAACGCGAAGAACGCGAUCGAUUCAGGUCCACAAGGACAAUCGAAUAACGACGAAGCACCUGCGUCUCCGACCGGAAAACCGGCGGAGCCGCCAGCAGCGGCUGUAGAUAUGCGCCCGAGGUCUGACACGACCAGCUCUGUGCAAGCCAUAUCGGGGCCGUCAGUGAAGGAAGUCGCGGCCAGCAAGAAGGCCGAUGAGGCGAAACGCACUUCUGCCGCGGACCACACUCGGGAGAAUACUGUAUCAGGCAAAGCAAAUGUCAUGUCUGAGUUUUCACACCAGCAGUUGACAGCGCCUCAAGAAGACGAGAAGAAAGACGAAGAUGAACAAUGGCAAACCAUGCCUGCAUAUGCACCGUACGAUAUAUACGACGACGACAACAGGCUUAUAGCGAAAGAACAUAAUGACGAAGAUGAUGAGACGUAUGGGUAUGCUGGUCUAGGGGGUGCCGGCAAAGGAUACACUAGGGUUCUUGAUGAUGAUGCCGAAUCCGAGACCAGCAUGGACGGCAACACUAACUAUCUUUUCAAUGACAAGAUUGGUACAAGUGCGGUCGAUGACCCUGAUGCCGAACAACGCGACGCUGUGUCACAGCUACAAGCAACUAAGGAUCUCUUGACCGAGGGUCAGAGGAUUGCGUAUGUAGGUGCAACUCGCUUGGAACUCCAAGAAAUGACCAAGGAGGCCGAAGGGCUGGAGCACACCAAGAAGACUAAAAAGAGCAUCAACCUGGCUGCCGAGUCUUUGAAGAUGUGGUCCCAGAAGAUUAUGGUCCGCUUGUAUGCACACAUGGAAAUCAGCCCGGACGAACAGGUCAUGAUCGAGCAGCUUGCCACCCACGGCGUCAUGCCGCAGGAUCUUACACCCGUGCUGAUGCAGAAUGCACGUGUCAAGAAUCCUAUGGCCGAUGACUGCGAGGCUACACAUCAGUUUGGCAGCUCGACUUCACGAACGUCUAUUUCCGCAAAAACAACCAGCAAACAAAUAGCGACGGCACCUCCACCAUAUGAAAGCCAUGAUGGCGACGAAAUGCCCGAAGUGAAGACGCCUUCGCAGCUACCCACGACAGACAAAAUUGACAUCGACAUCCGUUGGACGGUGCUGUGCGAUCUGUUCCUUGUGUUGAUUGCAGAUUCUAUCUACGAUGCAAGGUCGAGGGUACUGCUGGAGCGCGUUGGCAAGCACCUGGAAGUGCCGUGGAUAGACAUUUGUCGUUUUGAGAAGCGAGUGACCGACGCACUAGAAAUGCAGCAGGCGGCAGAGAAAGAGAACUGGAAUGAGGAUGAGCACCUGGAGAACCGACGGAAGUUAGCACUCAAGCGGCGAUACGUCAUGAUGGGAUUGGCCACCGUCGGAGGCGGCCUGGUCAUUGGUCUUUCUGCGGGACUAUUGGCACCCCUAAUUGGAGCCGGUCUGGCCGCAGGCUUCACCACCAUUGGCGUGGGCGGAACGAGUUCCUUCCUGGCAGGGGCUGGAGGAGCUGCUAUCAUCACGUCUGGCGCUGCUGCCUCUGGUAGUUUCAUGGGUGGCAAGGCUGCCGGUCGGAGAACUGGCGCGGUCAAGACAUUUGAGUACCGGCCGCUGCACAAUAAUAAGAGAGUCAACCUGAUCGUAACCAUAUCGGGGUGGAUGACAAGCAAAGUGGACGAUGUCCGUCUUCCAUUCAGCACUGUCGACCCGAUCAUGGGGGACAUGUACUCGAUCCUAUGGGAACCAGAGAUGUUGACCAGUAUGGGUGACACCAUCAAUAUUUUGGCAACAGAAGCCCUCACCCAAGGAUUGCAACAAGUUUUGGGCAGCACCAUUCUCAUCGGUCUCAUGGCUGCUCUUCAGUUGCCAGUUGUUCUUUCCAAGCUCGCGUACUUGAUCGAUAACCCAUGGGCUGUAUCAUUAGACCGCGCUACGUCAGCAGGGCUUAUUCUUGCCGAUUCAUUAAUCGACAGGAACUUGGGAACCAGGCCCAUCACGCUUGUGGGAUAUUCGCUGGGCUCCAGAGUAAUCUUCUCGUGCCUCAUGGAGCUAGCUCGUAAAGGUGCGUUUGGGGUCGUCCAGAAUGUUUACAUUUUUGGCUCGCCCAUGGUCGUCAAGAAGGACGAAUUUCUCAAGAUCCGGACUGUUGUUUCCGGCAGGUUUGUCAAUGGGUACAACCGAAAUGAUUGGAUCCUGGGCUACCUAUUCCGCCUAACCAACGGUGGAAUCCGACGGGUGGCAGGGCUAGCGACUGUCGAUGAGAUCCCCGGCGUGGAGAACAUGGAUUGCACUGAGUUUGUAGUUGGCCAUAUGGACUAUCGUCAAGCUAUGCCAAGGUUGUUGAGGGAGUGCGGCUGGCUCGUUGAGAGUGACGAGUUUGCCGAAAUUGAAGACCCAGAUCCUGAGCAGCACAGAGAACGCCAGAGAGAACUCAUCAAUGAGAUUGAGGAUGCUCGCAAAGAGCUGGAGAAGGAGGACAAACCGGAAAAGAAAGGAGCCUUGGGCUUCUUCUCCCGAAAGAAGAAAGCCCAGCGUCAAGAGUGGGAAGUCUACGAAGACAAUAAAGGCUUACCCGCCUCCAACGGGAGAACGGAGGACAAGUUGGGCAACAACCACGGUGUGCUUUUCGACGUGGAGGCCAUGCGAGCUGAACUUGCACAAGAGCACGAGGAGUUGCAAGUUAAAGAGCUACAGUCAACACUUCCGCCGAUAAAGCUGGACCUGGUCUCUAACGACAGCCCUCGAAAUAAUUUACGCGUGACGCGAAGUGAUGAUGCGACCACGACGUUGCGGGGUACGAUGCCAUAUGAGCCGAGCACGUCGCAGGGGCUGUUUGAAUCAAGUCUCCAUCCCUCGUAUGGAUAUGCACCACAUGAUGAAGAUGUCCAGAUGACGUUCGACACUUCAUACCGUACGCCGGAACCGCCAGCGAAAGAUUUUCAAUAUUUGCCGCCCACACGGCCUGAAAUGAAGUCGAGCCAGACGGUCCCCACUAUGGCUCUACACGAUCCAUGGGGCGAUGACGAUGAAGAUUUUGGCAAGGAAAAAGAAAUCUCGAUGACGUUUGCGUGA